AGGAUGAGUCACUUUGUUGCCCCAAUGAGGCACAAGAAGGUAGGAGGAAGAAAUCCCAUCAGAACAACUAUCCAAACAACAGUGAGACUGAAAGCUGAUAACAGAGGCAAAUGUGGACACACGGUUUUGUAACACUGACCGAGUGCUCCACACAGACAACCAUAAGCAAACCUGAAGAUUUUUAAACACGGUCUCAAAGAAUGAUCCCUGCCCAUUUGGCAGAUCAUCAUUCCACAACAUGGGAGGCGAAGGGUCCACGCGCUUGGUCAGAGUCGGGUCCCGAAGCUUUCCAGUUUAUCCAUUAGUUAUUGUGUGUUUAGUCCUGCUGAACGUCAUUUUGCUGUUAACAGCUGUUGUACUUGGGGUUAAUUGUGGAAGCAUGACGGAUUCCCCCCAAAGCUACCUAACACCACAAGUACUCACGACGGAGGCAGAGCAGCUUCAGAUAGUAAUGAGUGAAACUGCUCAAGAUCACGGACAAGCCCAGCAAGAUUUUGUCAAAGAGCACAGGAGCCAUCAGCAAUUAAAACUGCAAUUGGAGUCCAACAAGACUUACAACGAUGAACUGCAAAAGCAACUUGAACUCCUUCUGGCAGAGAGAGCAGCCUUGCAGUCAAACACAUCUGACAUAGUGGAAAGCUGUGGAUUAUGCAUGCCAGGAUGGUUUUUGUCAAACACAUCCUGCUACUUUCAUGGGAAGAAACAAUCCAUCGUUGGAAAAAACUGGACCGCCAGCAGAGAGGAUUGCAUCAGCCGUGGGGGGGACCUUGCUGUGAUCGACACCGCUGAAGAACAUAUGUUGGUUUUUGAGCACUUUCCCAAAGUGAAAUGGGGAACAUAUCUGUGGGAAGUUGGAGGAGUGUGGAUUGGCCUCACAGACCAUCAGAGAGAAGGCACUUGGAUAUGGAUCAACAACAUGACUCUGAACUACACUGGGUUUUGGAUGGGAGGGGAGCCAAACAAUUAUAGAUCUGCUGAGCACUGCGCUGCUAUUAUGGCCACAGACAAAGGUUUACAGUCAUGGUUUGAUGCAAGUUGUGAAACCCAAAGGGAAUGGCUGUGUGAAAAGAAGCGAAGCUAAAGUUGCAUACAAAAGACAGACCUCACAUUAUUCAUACAAUAAAAACGCUGAAAAACAUCCGGUAAGCUACUCUUACAUGGAAAUGAAAAAGUGUAACCUGUUGCAGGUUUUCUCUAUUUUGAUGUGUGUUUUUGAAUGAUUUUGACUGCCUGUAUUCCUAUUGUACCAAGUUGAGCCUUCAUUUUAAGACAUUAAAUUGUAUCACAUUCUUGUUUUCAUGUAACACAAUAUACAAAGCUACGAAUCAUUCCCAAAGUGACAUAGAUGCUGUCAGUUUAUUUAAAUAAUCAAUCUAUAUUAUAAGUUUGUAUCCGUGCCUUAAUUAUAAAUCAUAUCCUCUGGAAUGAGGAAAUAUUACAACAAUGCUCGAGUAUCAUGCAGAUUUGUAAAUUAAAGUCAAAUCCUUUAAUAAAAAGUAUCUGCAGUUUAUAUAAAUUAAUUAUAUUACGUUAGAACAAUUGCAACUGAAUACCUGUCAGCUUUAUAUUCAAGAAAAUGUGAAAAGUUGUAGCUUGCCUUAAUACACGGUUGGGUACACGCAUGGAAAAAUAAAGCUCUGUUUAGAAAGUGAAA